GAAAAGCUUUACUGCCGGUUUUAUGAGAACGAAAUUAUUAGACACUCGUGUAUUUCGAGAAGAUUUCUGAGAAUAUUUCCAAAAGUCAACGCUUUUAACUUGUAGCCCCUGUCUGUGCCAAUGACAGCACUGCCUCGUAUGGAAAUGACGUGCAUUUUUACGUCUGAAUCAUGUGUUGACGUUGCCGGAUAUUACUUGCAGUUAUUGAUGGUUCACCUUAUUUUUUGGUGCAGGUGAUCCAAAAUUGUUUGGUGUACAAAUGGCGUUUGAACGACUGGAUGUUUUGCCUUUGGCCGUUUUCAUUCUUUUCCCAGCAACUUUUUUAGCGACUUAUAUUAUAGCCGUUCUUCUUGGACAUGUAGAGCCAGACUUUCCGUACAUUAGUGAUACAGGGACAUAUUCUCCAGAGAGCUGCAUAUUUGGCCAGCUGCUUAACGUUGGGACACUUCUAUUGGGCUUGGUGAUAUAUGUUCGUUACCGGCAAGUUGCAGAAUAUUACAGUAGCUACUCAUUGUCCCCUGCUGUACUCAGUCUGAACAAAAUGGGGGUAUGGUUUGGCCUGCUGUCAUGUCUUGGCCUCAGCUUUGUAGCUAACUUCCAAGAAACUAAUGUUAUAACUGUUCACCUUACUGGAGCUUUCUUAUGUUUUGGGUUUGGAACCGUGUACUUCUGGAUUCAUGCAGUGUGUUCUUACCAUAUGCAGCCAUUAGCAAAUAGUCUUCAGCUGGCCCAUCUUAGACUAGCACUGGCUGUCAUAUGCACUGUAUUUUUUAUUUUACUUAGCAUAACUGGAGUUCUGUCACACAUUCAAUUCAGAGGAAGCAAUCCACGUAAGUGGUAUCCUAAUGAUGGCGGCUGGCAGCUACAUGUGAUAAGUACGGCAUCUGAAUGGGUUGUUGCAGUGGCCUUCUGUAUAUAUAUCUUGUCAUUCGCAAGAGAAUUCCGUAACAUUAGCCUAGAAUCAAGGGUAUAUUUGAAUGUGGAAAGUGGAGGCUUUAGCGUAGUAGACAGUGAGUGUUCACCAGUUCUUCCACAUGCUGCUGUUCCUGAAGGUGUUGUUAUUGUGCGACAAGGUGGAAACAGUAUUAUCACUUGAUUAGAGAUACAUGCAAGAUGCAAUUCUUCAGGUUCACAUGCCAGUACUGUUUGGUGUGAUGAAUCUGGAAGUCAGCAUUCUGUUGUGAUUAUUGCGUCUAGCCAAACAAAUUGUGAUUCUGUCCAACGAGAGAAUGAAGUGUUAGAAUUUAAUCACCAAAAUAUACAUUUCUCUGAAGAUGAUGUGUGUGAACAUGUGAACAGUGAAUCUCAAGAAAACUUUCAGGUCUCUGAAACCAGCAAUGAGUGUGCACAGCACUCAGUUGUGAUAUUCUCAUCAUCAUCUCCAAGAUCUCGUUGCAGUGAUAUUCCCGAAAACAAUCCAGUUCUUUCCUCCGAGACUGAAGAUGAUGGAGAGUUAGUUCCUAGCAAGUUGCUGUCACUUUCUCUCUCCCUAUUGGUGGCUGCAUUCUUCCAAGCCAUUCGCUGCCUUCAGGAACUAAUAGAAGACACAUUUAGAACACUACACUGUGAUUUAGAUGUAGAGUAAGUUCAUAAAGCCUUACACCUGAAAUUAUUUUUUAAAAUUUCAGAUUUAACAGUUUUAAUCAAUAAAAACUAAAUUCAGGAAAGAGAGAACACCUGCAAAUAUUAAGUAUGGUAUUUUUACAACGAAUAGUCUCUAUAAUCAAUUACACGCUUAAUGUAGGCCUAUGUAGGCUUUGUUUUGUACUACUGUUUGUGAAUUUUACAUGACAUUAUAAACUUUUAUAUAAGACUCUUAAGAAAAUAUAUAUAACACAUUGGAGAAAUGCCCUUUUGCAAGUCCAAGACAUUAAAAACCUUAUAACGGUGCUUACAUUUGCUUAAAGAGGUGAUUGAGACUGAAGAGAUUUUUUUUUUUCUUUUUUUUAAUCUAGGUGAAAGUAAUGUAAAAUUUUGAUAUGGAAGAGCCUGGUACACUGUUAUUAACUUUCCACUGCAUUCAUUUGUGCAGCCUCCCUAUCCUAAUUUCAGUCCAAUUUCUUCAUUAUUUCAUACAACUUAUUGAGUUGUAUCAGAGUAAUUAUUUCUUUUAGGCAAUCUGCCUAAAGAUUAAACGAAAAUUUAGAGUUGAUGACAAUCUGAGAUGUAACUUUGAUUUGAAGAAACUUUUUCCAGUAUUAUCUUUUCAUUGAUUUUCGUUUGUUUAUCUUAGAAAUUUCUCAUAGAAAAUCCUGUAUUUUUUCCCAGUAUUAUAUUCUGAAUUAUUAAAUGUUAUGUUAUUUUAGAGAAAUCCCAUUAGAGCUAUUCAUUGAAAUCUGAAUACACUACUUAAAAUGGCUCUGUAUGCAUAAGACAAGAUUGUAACACAUGAAACAAAAGAUAAAUUGUAAUAUUGUGUUCAAAUAAACAAUUGAACUUAAUUUAUAAUAAAAUAUUGUGUCAUUGGUUAUGAGCCAGAUAAUAACUGGUGUAUGGAAAUUAGUUUGUGUUUAUGAAAUAUUUAUUACCUUCAGAGUAUGUGCUAACAUUGGUUGAAAGUGCACCUGAAUCCAUCAUAUUUAUCUUGUUAGAAAGUUGCAGAGGAAUGUCGUAGUGAUGCAUGUGCUACAUUAGACAGGGUGUUUCGAUAAUACUUUUACAAACUUUACGGGCAGGUUCCUUACACCAAAACAACAAAAUUCCUAGUAAAUGUAGUCUCUAAAAUGCAUUCCAUAGGAACUUUGUGGACUUGUUCACUUUCAUUACUGUGAAACAAAUCUUUUCUAUUGAACAAUUGCUCUUAAGGUAUGCAUUGUAGAGCCCAUGUUUACUAGAUCUUUUUUCUUUUUCUGUGUGAGGAACUUGUCCCAAAAGCUUGUAAAAGUAUUUUUGAAAUACACUGCAUAUGGGGUGAUCAAAAGUUCAAGCAUUCAGAUCACCUCAAGAUUCCUUGGAAUAUUUGGAUGCAAAAGUGUUUCUAUCAGACAUUAGCCAAGAGCUCAUUGUAAUAGAAGAUUUUCAUAGAGGGGAUGAUUUGGCAAUAUUUAAUGUAACAACAUAUGGCUCUUUUAAGUAGGCACAUAGUUCUUUGUAUGUUGAGAGUUUGUGGUGGAUUACCUUUAAUUGUCAGUGCUAUGAAGUAAUUUUGAUGAUGUUAGCAGUGAUCCUAUUCCAUGUUAUUACUAAAAGCUUUGUCACAUUUUUAUCCCCUAUCCACUUGAAUGUUUUUAUCUAUUUGACUUUAUUUUUUUGUUUAUUGGAACCCUGAAGAUGCUGUAAGAUUUUACUUGAUUUCGUAGUAGGUGAUAGAGAAACUACAGCAUCUUUCAAAAAACUUUGAAUAGAAUGUAUUGUACACAUAAGAAUAGUACAAUCAUUAAUUACAAACACUGAAGUGCCUAACAAUAUAUUGUCCAUAGUCUUAUGACAUUUGCGUCCAUUUUAGCAUUUGUGAGAUUUAUUUUUUCAGUGGCUGUGGCAUGCUCUUUACUUCUUUGAAACACAGCAGUAUUCAUUUUUGGAAGUGCAGCCGGGACUCAAGUUGUCAGCUGUUCUGGAUUUGGAUGUUGGAAUACCAAAAGCUUGCUCUGUCAAAGACACUCAAAGAAGGGACAGAGGGGGUUGGGGUUGAAGAGACUUAGAUUAAGUUAACAUUUGAACCUUAAAGUAGAUUAAAGUAGACACUAACAUCAACCCAAAGGAUGGUUUUGAACACCAUAGUGCUUUAGUAGGCGUGGUUGUAUUGGAAAUGGUAUUCUUUUCAUUCCUCAAACCUUCAAACUUACUUACCAAGCCAGUUUUAUGAAGGCCUACAGUUUAAAUGUAGACCUCUAACCAAGGUGCGGUUUGACACUUUUCAUGUACACAAAUCAGUGCUAGAGGUGAAAGAAGCAGUAAGUGACACAUAAAAUUCUAGAGCUAACUGAAGAUUGAACAAGAAGCUUCAGAUUUUUUGUCUAACACCUAUUUAGCCACUGAGCUACAAUGGAAUUAGACAUUGAUUCAUUUCUGUGAAAGCCCUUGUUAAAUAGUGUGACAUGUCUUCCAAAAUGUUAUGGUGCAUCAUCUUGUUGAAACAAGAGGCUCUGUCAAACAAAAAGUGGAUUGUCUUCCAGAAUUUCAAAAAAAUUAUUGAUGAGAAGUACAUAAUACCAAUCUGUACGCAAAAAAAUCUGACAAACACAAAGAACCAAAAAGCCAGUUUCUCAUGAUAGCAACCCCCAAUCUGAUUUAUUUUUAAGUAUGCUUUACCUGUGGGUUAGGUCUAACAUUGGACCAGUUGUUGCUAAUGUGCAUAUUGAAGACACACUCUUAAGAAAAUCAUUCAUCAGCUUGGGCUAUGAAACUUUCUUUGUCUUCCUAGUCAGACUGAAAUAAACCACAGAUACGUACUUGGUGAAGUCAGUUUUGAGUUAGAUAUCAUUGAAUAGUGAUUCAGGAAACUAUUCAAGCACAUUGAUCUUUAUAUAGUCUCUAUUGUGUCAAUGAAUAGUGGUUGAAAUGCAAUCAUUCAUAGCAAAAUCACUAAGUUGCAUGUUUUCAUUGGCAAUUUUUAAAGUGGUGUCUUUUAGUGUGCUCUUCACUGUCUAGAGUACACUGAAUCCACAAUUGAUGUCCAGUUAAGAACAAUGGAAGAAAAGAAUCUAUCUCCAGGAGAUCAAGUUCCAAAUUAUGAAGAUUGCUGUUACCUGGACGGUAUCCAACAUCAUACCUCCAUUAUGCUCACAAUGUACCACGUUGGUGUGGAUAAAUGAGUUCUUGCAAAGCCCUGUCAUUUGAUUGCUUAUAGCUUAUGAAUGAAUUGUGAGGAAGCUUUUGUACUAAAGGUUAUUCAUAUACAUGCUUUAAUAUUAUUGCCAAAUCCUCCACUGGAAAAUAAAAAAAAUUAUGCAUAUUUUGCCUCUACAUUUAGCUUCUCAUAUGUUCCAUGAAAUCACUUGUGCUCAGAAUACAUGAAUUUUCAGUUACCCUUUGUAUGCUAGAUAAUGUGUAUACAAAUUUAGCAUUGAAGACAGGUUUUUAUUUGAACUAAUCUCUCAGUAUGUUAUUGAUAUUGGUGAUUGUGCGAACUGGGGUAUCUUUUGAUCUACCUCACUUUUAUUCAUGUAAAUAGCCAAAUUGUCCUCAUACUACUUAUAGUAUAUUUGAAAUUCAAUGUUGAGUGAGUCAUAGUUUCUGGUUAAAAGAGAAUAGUCAUUUCCCACAUAACUUGAUUGUUACAGAGCAUCAACUGACCAGUAUUUAGAAGCAUUAUAAUUUUGCUUUAUACUAAAUUUAAGUGCACUGUUCUAGCAGAAGCAUUAUGUCUCAGAUAAUAAGACUAGCACAUGAUAUCAGUGGUAUGACUGAAAGUUUUCUCUGAAGUCUUUUUAAAUGAAAUUCCUUGUAAAAAUUCUUGUUUGUUUCGAGUCAAAGAAAAUUUAAGUAUGUAUUCUCAGCACCAUAAACUAAUUAGUUAAAAUUGUACCAAUACUUCAGU